AUGUCCUCAAAUUAUGACAUCGGCACCAGAGCAUGGCAGCCCGAUGCCACAGAGGGCUGGGUUGCCUCAGAGGUCAUCAAGAAAUCCGUCGAUGGCUCCAAGGUGACCCUCGUGUUCAAGCUUGAUAAUGGCGAGGAGAAAGAGAUCAAGAUCUCUGCGGAGGCCCUACAGAGCGGAAACGAUCCGUCAUUACCUCCGUUGAUGAACCCGACCAUGCUCGAAGCCAGCGAUGACCUGACCAACCUCUCACAUCUCAACGAACCAGCUGUCCUCCAAGCUAUCCGACUCCGAUACGCCCAGAAAGAGAUCUACACAUACUCUGGUAUCGUGCUAAUAGCUACAAAUCCCUUUGCUCGCGUAGACUCCCUCUACGUGCCCGGCAUGGUACAAGUAUACGCCGGGAAGCAAAGGGCGACACAAGCACCACAUCUGUUCGCUAUUGCCGAGGAGGCUUUCAUGGACAUGCUGCGAGACAACAAGAACCAAACCAUCGUCGUAUCGGGAGAGUCUGGCGCCGGAAAGACGGUGAGCGCUAAGUACAUCAUGCGGUAUUUCGCGACAAGAGAAUCACCCGACAAACCUGGUGCAAAGUCCAAGAAGGGCGCAGAGGCUAUGAGUGAGACGGAGGAGCAGAUUCUGGCAACGAAUCCCAUAAUGGAAGCUUUCGGUAACGCGAAGACGACUCGAAACGAUAACUCGUCACGAUUCGGAAAGUACAUCGAGAUCAUGUUCGACAAGGGCACAAACAUCAUUGGUGCCAAGAUCAGAACCUAUCUGCUCGAGCGAUCAAGGCUGGUUUUCCAACCGCUAAAGGAGCGAAACUAUCACAUCUUCUACCAGCUCAUUGCUGGUAUCUCCGAACAGCAACGUCAGGAGCUUGGUCUUUUGCCCGUUGAACAGUUUGAAUAUCUCAACCAAGGAAACACCCCCGUGAUCGACGGUGUAGAUGACAAGGCCGAGUUCAAUGCUACAAGGGCGUCCUUGAAAACAGUCGGUGUAGACGAGACUUCUCAGACCGAGAUCUUCAAACUGCUCGCUGGUCUGCUGCAUCUCGGCAACGUUAAGAUCGGAGCCUCGCGCACAGACAGCGUGCUCGCACCCACAGAGCCCUCUCUCGAAAAAGCUUGCGCAAUCCUGGGUAUUAACGCGACCGAAUUUGCCAAGUGGAUCGUGAAGAAGCAGUUGAUUACCCGAGGAGAGAAGAUCACGUCCAACUUGACGCAAGCGCAAGCCAUCGUCGUCCGAGACUCCGUUGCUAAGUAUAUCUACUCAAGCUUGUUCGACUGGCUGGUUGAGAUUAUCAACCGCAGUUUGGCUACUGAUGAGAUCUUGAGCCGAGUCAGCUCCUUCAUUGGUGUUCUCGAUAUUUACGGUUUCGAGCACUUCGCCAAGAACUCAUUUGAACAAUUUUGCAUCAACUACGCCAAUGAGAAGUUGCAGCAGGAGUUCAACCAGCAUGUCUUCAAGCUUGAGCAGGAGGAGUAUCUCAAGGAGCAGAUCGAUUGGACCUUCAUUGAUUUCUCCGAUAACCAACCCUGCAUUGACCUCAUCGAGGGCAAGCUGGGUAUUCUGUCACUGCUCGACGAAGAAUCCAGGUUACCAAUGGGCUCAGAUGAGCAGUUCGUAACCAAGCUGCACCACAACUAUGCUUCUGACAAGCACCAAUUCUACAAGAAGCCUCGCUUUGGGAAGUCGGCAUUCACCGUGUGCCAUUAUGCCAUUGAUGUCACGUACGAGUCGGAAGGUUUCAUAGAGAAGAACCGCGACACUGUACCCGAUGAGCAUAUGGCCGUGCUUCGGGCGACGAGCAACAAAUUCCUCAGCUCGGUGCUGAUUGCUGCAACACAGGUACGGGAGAAGGAUCUUGCAUCUGCCUCUUCGAAUGCUGUGAAGCCAGCGGGCGGAAGGAAGAUCGGCGUUGCUGUCAACCGUAAACCUACGCUGGGCGGUAUCUUCCGCUCUUCGCUGAUCGAACUGAUGAAUACCAUCAACAACACGGAUGUUCAUUACAUUCGUUGCAUCAAGCCCAAUGAGGGUAAGGAGGCGUGGAAAUUUGAGGGCCCGAUGGUAUUGAGUCAGCUUCGAGCUUGUGGUGUUCUUGAGACCGUGCGAAUCAGCUGCGCCGGUUAUCCCACGAGAUGGACGUAUGAGGAAUUUGCUCUUCGAUAUUAUAUGCUUGUGCCAUCAACUGAGUGGACAGCGGAGAUCCGACAAAUGGCCAAUGCCAUCCUGACGAAGGCCCUGGGCACCAGCACUGGCAAGGGCUUAGAUAAGUACCAGCUUGGUCUAACCAAGAUCUUCUUCCGCGCCGGUAUGCUCGCGUUCUUGGAGAAUUUGAGAACGAACAGGUUGAAUGCGUGCGCCAUCAUGAUCCAGAAGAACCUCAGGGCCAAGUUCUAUCGCCGCAGGUAUCUUCUCGCACGCGAGUCGAUCAUCUCCUUCCAGGCCGCUUCCAGGGCUUAUGUGGCUAGGAAACAAGCUCAGGAGCUGCGGACAAUCAAGGCAGCGACCACCAUCCAGCGUGUCUGGCGUGGCCAGAAAGAGAGGAAGCAAUUCUUGCGGAUCAGGGCCGACCUCGUGCUUGCCCAGGCAGCUAUCAAGGGCUACCUGCGCAGGAAGGAAAUUAUGGAGACUCGUGUUGGAAAUGCUGCUCUGCUUAUUCAAAGGACAUGGCGCUCGAGGAGGGCUCUUCGUUCUUGGAGACAAUACCGCAAGAAGGUCACUCUUAUCCAGAGCUUGUGGCGUGGUAAGAUGGCUCGUCGUGGUUACAAGAAGGUCCGCGAGGAGGCUCGUGAUCUCAAGCAGAUCUCAUACAAGCUGGAAAACAAGGUUGUAGAAUUGACCCAGUCUCUGGGCACCAUGAAGGCUCAGAACAAGGAGCUCAAGACGCAAGUCGAGAACUACCAGGGCCAGAUCAAGUCCUGGCAAACAAGGCACAAUGCCCUCGAGGUCAGGACCAAGGAUCUCCAAGCCGAGGCAAACCAAGCAGGUAUUGCCGCAGCUCGCCUCCAGGCCAUGGAAGACGAGAUGAAGACGCUUCAGGCAAGAUUCGACGAGUCUGCCUCCAACGUCAAGAGGAUGCAAGACGAGGAGAGAGCGCUGAAAGACUCCCUCCGAGCUACCAGCACGGAGUUGGAGGUUGCCCGACAGGAAGCUUCACGUCACGAAACCGAGAAGAACUCUUUGCGGCAACAGCUUCUCGAGCUCCAGGACGCUUUGGAACUGGCCAGAAGACAGGUGCCCGUCAAUGGAGAACUCACGAACGGAGCUGGUGUCGCCCCAGCUGUGGCCAAUGGUCUUAUCAACCUUGUCUCUUCCAAGAAGCCUAAGCGACGAAGUGCCGGCGCCGAGCCCUCUCAAGUUGACCGCUUUAGCGCUGCGUACAACCCUCGACCGGUUUCGAUGGCUAUCACCGGCCGCCAGCAGACCUUGUCUGGCGCCACUUUCAUUCCUGGCGUCGACAAUAUCGAGAUGGAGCUCGAAACACUCCUCGCCGACGAGGAUGGCCUCAAUGAGGAGGUUACUAUGGGUCUCAUCCGAAACCUGAAGAUCCCCUCCCCCAACACCAACCCCCCGCCUUCAGACAAGGAGGUCCUCUUCCCCUCCUACCUUAUCAACCUCGUCACAUCCGAGAUGUGGAACAACGGCUUCGUCAAGGAGUCGGAGCGGUUCCUUGCAAACGUCAUGCAGUCCAUCCAGCAAGAAGUCAUGCAGCACGACGGCGACGAGGCUAUCAACCCCGGUGCAUUCUGGCUCUCUAACGUCCAUGAGAUGCUUUCCUUCGUAUUCCUUGCUGAGGACUGGUACGAGGCCCAGAAGACCGAUAAUUAUGAGUACGAUCGACUGUUGGAAAUUGUAAAACAUGAUCUAGAGAGUUUGGAGUUCAACAUUUAUCAUACGUGGAUGAAGGUCCUAAAGAAGAAGCUGCAAAAGAUGAUUAUCCCCGCCAUCAUUGAGUCGCAGUCACUGCCGGGCUUCGUCACAAAUGAGAAUAACAGAUUCCUGGGCAAGCUUCUGCAGUCGAACUCUGCCCCCGCCUACAGCAUGGACAACCUGCUCAGCCUGCUGAACAACGUCUUCCGCGCCAUGAAGGCGUAUUAUCUCGAGGACUCGAUCAUUACCCAAACGGUCACCGAGCUCCUCCGACUUGUGGGCGUUACCGCUUUCAACGAUCUGUUGAUGCGCCGGAACUUCCUCUCCUGGAAGCGAGGCCUGCAGAUCAACUACAACAUUACCCGAAUUGAGGAGUGGUGCAAGAGCCAUGAUAUGCCUGAAGGCACUCUUCAGCUCGAGCAUCUGAUGCAAGCGACGAAGCUGUUACAGCUUAAGAAGGCAACUCUGAAUGAUAUCGAGAUCAUCCAAGACAUCUGCUGGAUGCUUUCUCCCAAUCAAAUUCAGAAGCUGUUGAACCAGUACCUCGUCGCUGAUUAUGAGCAGCCUAUCAAUGGCGAGAUCAUGAAGGCUGUUGCAUCAAGAGUGACCGAGAAGAGCGAUGUCUUGCUCCUCCAGGCCGUUGACAUGGACGACAGCGGUCCGUACGAGAUUGCGGAGCCAAGAGUCAUCACUGCUCUAGAGACUUAUACACCGUCUUGGCUACAAACUCCGAGACUUAAGCGGCUCGCCGAGAUUGUGUCAGCACAGGCCAUCGCCCAGCAGGAGAAGUUCGAGUAUGGCUCUCAAGGUGGCUUUGAGAAUGGCGACCUAGCGGAAGUCGACGAGGCGCCAGAACCUAUUGAGGCCAGUGCCUAG